UUACGCGACAUAGUUGAAAACGGACCCAAUCAAGGAAGUGUGGCAUGGAUUCGAAAAGGUAUCGUCGGUCCCGUUCUGGUUCUCGUAAUCGGGAUCGGGGGACAAAAAAGUCAAGAAUAAGUCGAUCGCGGUCUCCCGAAGAUAGGAGAGGUCGAAGCAGGUCCGUGGAGAUGAACAAAACUAUCCGGAGGCGUAGGCGAUCUAGGAGUGGAGAUUCCGUCAGCAGUGGUGGUUCAGUAGGCCGACAUCGGCACCAAUCUGGCUCCAGAAGUGAUACGGAUGGUGAAAAGAGGCGAGAAGGACGUAUUAAAAACAAAUCAAAAAACCGAUCCAGUUCUGAAUCUGAUGAUUCAAGACGAAGGACAAUGAAACCCCAAAAAGCCAGCCACAGAGAGGACAAAGGAGGGAAGAGAAAGGGCAGGGGUCAGUCCCACUCAGACUCAGGUUCCAGCGUCGAAAGGGGGAGAGUGAGGGAUGGAGGCAGCAGUGACAGAGAGUGGAGGAGAAGGAGGAGUGCUGACAGAGGCAACAGAAGCCCCGUCAGAGACAGGGAGAGGGGCAGGGAGAGUGUGAGGAGUCAUGAUAAAGACAGAAGCCAAGAUAGAGAGCAAGGACGGAGAAGUGAAGACAGAGUGCCAGAGAGGAGCGGAGGGAGGGAUAUCGGAGCGAGAAGGAGACAUCCCUCUGGCUCAUCAAAUUCCUCUGAGAGCUCUGGGUCAGACGGUGGAGGCCGAGGGGUCUCCCCAGGGCCUGGAGGUGCAGGCACCUCUGUCAAGGAGGAGAAAAGAAAGCAGAAAGAGAUGCUUAAAGCUCUCGAGACCCCAGAAGAAAAGAGAGCCAGAAGAUUGGCCAAGAAAGAGGCCAAGGAGAGAAAGAAGAGGGAGAAGAUGGGCUGGAGCGAGGAGUACAUGGGCUACACAAAUGCAGACAACCCCUUUGGUGACAACAACCUGCUUGGCACAUUUAAAUGGCAGAAGGCUCUGGAUAGAAAAGGCAUCGGCCACUUGGGAGAAAAGGAACUGAAAGACAGAAACAAGCGCAUUCAGGAGGACAACCGCAGAGAGCUUCAGAAGGUCAAACAGCUGCGUCUGGAGCGGGAGAGAGAGAAGGCGAUGAGAGAGACCGAGCUGGAGAUGCUGCAGAGAGAGAAGGAGGCAGAGCAUUUCAAAACUUGGGCUGAGCAAGAGGACAAUUUCCAUCUGCACCAGGCUAAACUACGAUCUAAGAUCCGUAUUCGUGACGGCCGAGCCAAACCUAUAGACCUGUUGGCCAAGUACAUCAGUGCAGAGGAUGAUGACCUGGCUGUAGAGAUGCAUGAACCGUACACCUUCCUCAACGGACUCACAGUCACGGACAUGGAUGAUCUGCUUGAAGACAUCAAGGUGUACAUGGAGUUGGAGCAGGGGAAGAACGUAGACUUUUGGAGGGACAUGACCACCAUCACAGAGGAUGAAAUCAGCAAGCUCAGGAAACUAGAAGCUUCUGGGAAAGGGCCAGGCGACCGUCGUGAAGGCAUUAACACGUCAGUGACCAUCGAUGUUCAGACGGUGUUCAAGGGAAAGACCUACAGUCAGCUGCAAGCAUUACACCUGAACAUUGAGACCAAGAUUCGAGCUGGAGGAUCCAAUCUUGACAUAGGUUACUGGGAAAGCCUGAUGCAGCAAGUCCGUGUUUACAUGUCCAGGGCAAAGUUGAGAGAAAGACACCAGGACGUGUUGCGCCAGAAGCUGUUCAGGCUGAAGCAGGAACAAGGUGUAGAGAGUGAACCUCUGUUCCCCAUCAUUAAAGAAGAACCAGAAGUAGAGCAGUCUGAAAGAGAGAAGGAAGACACAACCGCAGAAGAACCUGGCCCCUCCUCCUCCGGCCCCUCCACCAGUCAGAGCAAAGACAAGAACGACGAGCAGGAAGAAGAGGCAGGCCCAUCGGCCACCACGGAGGGAGAGAGGGAGGGAAAAGAGAAAGACGGCGAGAAGGAUGACGAGGAGGACAAAGAAGAGAAGGAUGGGGAGGAGAAGGGCGAGGAGUCGGUGUUGACAGAAGAGGACCUGAUUCAGCAGAGCCAGGCGGAGUACGACUCGGGCCGCUACAGCCCCACCCUGCUCCAGCCGUCCGAGCUUCCCCUGGACACGCACACCAUCUCUCCUGACGAGGACGAGCACAGCCUGGAGCAGGCACGCAGACAGCUACGGAUCACAGGGGAGGCAAGCGAGAGCCCAGAAGAUGCUUUCGUGCGUCGAGCCAAAGAGGGUAUGGGCGGUGACGAGGCUCAGUUCAGCGUGGAGCUCCCCCUCACGGGGAAGAUGUACCUGUGGGCCGACAAAUAUCGUCCCCGGAAACCCCGCUUCUUCAACAGGGUCCACACUGGCUUUGAGUGGAAUAAAUAUAACCAGACCCAUUACGACUUUGAUAACCCUCCACCCAAGAUUGUCCAGGGCUACAAGUUCAACAUUUUCUACCCAGACCUGAUCAACAAGCGAUCCACCCCACAGUACUUCCUGGAACCUAGUCCAGACAACAAGGACUUUGGGGUUCUAAGGUUCCAUGCAGGUCCUCCUUACGAGGAUAUUGCAUUUAAGAUUGUAAACCGCGAGUGGGAAUACUCGCACCGUCACGGGUUCCGAUGUCAGUUUGCUAAUGGGAUCUUUCAGCUCUGGUUCCACUUCAAGAGGUACCGCUACAGGAGAUAGAACCCCACAGAACCAGCCAUGAUGGGACCCUGACAGACCAAUACCCAACCUCUGGGUUUCUGAUCCAUCCAUAAUCAUUCAGUGUAUAAAAUGAGCUUUUACUAGACGUGAUGUUUAUGGCUUCUAAUCCUACCGAUGGAGUUGUCACAGUUAGUUGGUAUGUUAGUUUAGUAAAUGCAGUUUCUCUUAAAUGUACUGUCUCUUAAAUUACACAUUAAAGAUGUAUUUUUUUUCUUCUUCUAA